UGCAUAAGAUUAUGGCUUGAUUAUGUUGCAUGAUUAAGGAUUUUAGUUCUCUUAAAAUCUAACCAACAUAGUAAGAGCCUUAAGUUCCAAACUUUAAAAAUUGAGUUAAAAGGUGUCAUUCCAAAAUAACGCUUACUUGGAUAACCUUUACAUCAAUCUAAGUAAUAGUUUUCCGCCAUAGCGAGGUGUUACUUGUUGAUCCUAAAGGGGUAAGGUACACAAAUAAUUGUGAGUACAUGUUAGUUUUGGUGAAACUCAACGAUAUAAGUAAGGAGUCCUUUUAUGUCGUGGCAAAUGAGAUAGCUUUACCUAAUAAGUUCUUAGACGUACCUAUCAACCAAGAGUAGUUUCUAGACUAUUAGCGAAGGAUUUUCUUACCUAAAAUAUUUUAGAAUUGAGUCUGAAUACAUAAUGUGUUGAAUUCUUCUAUGAUUUUAGGAUCUUGGAUUCAUUUUAUUCACACCUGCCGGAACACAAAACUCGAAUAAAAUGCUUAAUAAAUAUUGAAUAUUACGCAUAAAUGCUAGAAUUUAAGUUUAUUAAGAGAAAAUAUGAAUGCUUAUUUAUUUGUUUACUCUUUUCAAUUGUAGUUUUAAUUAUGGCAAACAACAAUUCAUUCAACAUCUGAUCAAUUCUCGAAAAGGAAAAGUUGAGCGGGAAAAACUUCCUUGAUUGGCAAAGGAACUUGCAAAUAGUUCUUAUGCAGGAGUAUGUCCUGGAAGAGGUGAUGCCCGAAGCCGCAGGUGAAGGGGUCACUCAGGCAGCCCUCAAUCGUUGGAUUGAUCGAUGCCAACAAGGAUGUAAAAUGUCUAAUGCUUGCAACCAUGAGUGCAGAUCUACAGAAAAUGUUCAUCAACUCAGAUGCUUUCACAAUCAUCAGUGAGUUAAAGAACAUGUUCCAAUAUCUAGCUCGAGUCAAAAGAUUCAAGACUCAUAUAGAAAUUCUUGACAUCAAGCUCAAGAAGGGCGAGCCCGCAAGUCCACAUGUUCUCAAGAUGAUUGGAUUAAUUGAGAAUAUAAGUCGGCUGGAUCAGCAGUUCUCUCAAGAAAUGGUUGUAGACACCAUCCUGUAUUCUCUUCAUAGCAGGUAUGAUCAGUUCAAACUGAACUACAGCAUGAAUAGUCUGGACAAAACGCUCACUGAGCUUCACGGUAUGCUGACGACCGCUGAAAAGACGCUCAAAACUGAUAAGCAAGAUGUGUUUAUGGUGCGUGGGGGCAAGUUCAAGAAAUCUGGCAAGAAGAGGAAUGCUAAGAAAGGUGGCAAGAAGGCCAGCCUAAUUAAGCAAACUGGCGGCACCAAGUCUGAAAAGAAGAAGGUGAGCCAACCCACCUCUGAGUCUGAAUGCUUCUACUGUAAGAAGAAAGGGCAUUGGAAGAGAGAUUGCUUGAAGCUAAAGGAAGAUCAGAAGAACAGAACUGUCGUUCAAUCUUCAGGGACUAAGAAGAAAUAGAAGGUUAAGCAAGGGUGAAAUUGACUUACGAGUGGGAAAUGGAGAAAGGAUUGCUGCAUUAGCUGUAGGAACUUAUUAUUUGACGUUGCCCUCUAGGCUAGUUUUGGAACUGGAAGAGUGUUUCCAUGAUCCAAGUCUUACUAAAAACCUUAGAUGCUAAGGGAUUUAGCUUUUUAAUAAAAGACAAUAGUAUCUCGUUUUAUUUUAAAGAGAUAUUUUAUGGAUUUGCUAAAUUA